CGUGGGAGCCCUCUAGACCAUCCGCUGUCACCAACGGCCGGGCACUGCGGCGGGAACCAGCCAAAUGGCUUCCUCCCUCGCCGUCUUUCACCCCGCCGGCCACCUUCCCUCUCCCCGCCGUCCACAAAACCCAACAUGCCCGCGCGCCUCCCUGAAGCUCCUCCGGCCGCCGGCUUCCCCGCCGCCUCGGCGCUCCCGCGGGUUCGCCGCCGAGUCCGCAGCCGUCAGCGGCGGCGGCGGCGGCAGGAGGAGGGGAGGGCCCGUCGAUGUCGUCGCUGUCGCCGCGGCGCUACGCGACGCGAAGACGGCCGAAGAUGUGAAGCUUUCGGUGGAGGGCUUCCUCGGCGGCGGCGGCGACGACGACGGCGAGCACCUGCCCCUCCAGGUAUACACCUCGGUGAUUCGGGGGCUUGGGAAGGAGAAGCGCCUCGACGCCGCCUUCGCCGUCGUGGAGCAUCUCAAAGCAAGUGGAGACGGCAGCACCCUCAACCAGUUCGUGUACAACUGCCUGCUGGGCGCGGUGAAGAACUCCGGGGAAUUCGGGAGGAUUCAGGAUGUCCUCGCGGACAUGGAAGCGCAGGGUAUCUCCCCAAACAUAGUGACCUUCAACACCCUGAUGUCCGUCUACGUCGAGCAAGGCAAGAUCGAGGAGGUCUUGAGGGUGUACGACGACAUCGAGGGCCGCGGGCUGGUGCCGACCGCCGCGACGUACUCGACGGUCAUGUCGGCCUACAAGAGCGCCGGGGACGGGUUCGCCGCGCUCAAGUUCUUCGUCAAGCUCAGGGAGAGGCACAAGAAUGGCGAGCUCGCGGGGAGCCCCGCGGACUGGGAGCAAGAAUUUGUCAAGUAUGAGAAGCUGGCCGUCCGCGUGUGUCACAUGGCGAUGCGGCGGUCGCUUGCUGGAAGUGCAAACAACCCAGCCGGUGCGGCAUUGAAGGUCCUUCUCGCCAUGGACGAAGCAGGGGUGAAGCCGGACAGGAGCUACUACGAGCGCCUCGUCUGGGCCUGCACGGGAGAGGAGCACUACACCAUUGCCAAGGAGCUGUACCAGAGGAUCCGCGAGCGCGACGAUGGGGAGAUGAUAAGCUUGUCAGUGUGCAACCAUCUGAUCUGGCUCAUGGGCAGGGCCAAGAAGUGGUGGGCGGCUCUGGAGAUCUACGAGGAUCUGCUGGAGAAAGGCCCGAAGCCGAACAAUUUGUCACAGGAGCUCAUACGGUCACAUUUCAACGUGCUGCUCAACGCUGCCAAGAGGAGGGGCAUCUGGAGGUGGGCUGUGAGUCUGCUCGAGAAGAUGCAGGAGAAGGGCCUGGAGCCGGGAAGCCGAGAGUGGAACGCCGUGCUCCUCGCCUGCUCCAGAGCGGCGGAAUCGUCCGCCGCAGUGGACACGUUCAAGAGGAUGAUAGACCGGGGGCUGAAGCCAGACGUGGUCUCCUAUGGAGCAUUGCUCAGCGCACUUGAGAAGGGCAGGCUCUACGACGAGGCGCUGAGGGUCUGGGAGCACAUGCGCAAGGUCGGCGUCGAUCCGAACCUGCACGCGUACACGAUCCUGGCGUCGAUUUACGCCGGCAAGGGCGACCAUGGUAAGGCAGACGCUGUGCUUCGGGACAUGCUGUCCGCGAAGAUAGAGCCGACCGUCGUGACCUUCAACGCGAUCAUCACCGCCUGUUGGAGGGGCGGCGAGGGCGGCGCGGCGUUCGAGUGGUUCCACAGGAUGAAAAUGCACAAGGUUGAGCCGGAUGAGGUGACAUAUCAGAUGUUGAUCCAGGCUCUGGUGCAAGACGGUAAACCGAAGCUUGCCUAUGAGAUGUACAUCAGAGCCUCCAACCAAGGGCUCAAGCUCUCUUCAAAAUCGUAUGACACCGUCGUGGAGGCAUGCCAAGAUUAUGCUUCUGUUAUUGAUCUCAGUAGCCUGGGUCCUCGCCCUGCAAUGAGAGUGGAUCCAUCGAGAUAAACGACGACUUUCAAAGAACUUCUUGUGUCGAGGGGAUAAUCCCUUGCAGCAUCGAGCAUUUUGGUGUCACUGGAAUCUGUGUUUUGUACAGAAACAAAAAGGAAAAAAACACAUCUUUUGACCGGAAGCAGCAGGAGUUUUUCUUUUGCAUGUUACAAGAGGGAAAAUGUUAUUCAUCUUACGGAGGGUAGGCCACAGUAACCCCCCGGGGACAACACGCGUGCUAGCACGCCCACACAGACUCAAUUUAGUUAACAGUUUUGCUAAUUCUCAAUUUAGUGUACAAGAGGGAGACUUCGUUAUGUUUCAGUUGUAACACCUUCAUCUAGCAUUGUUGAUUUGUACAAAAUAUUAUUUUCAGUUUUUUUUGUUA